AUGAAGUUCAUCCAGGCGUUGCUCUUGGGCUUCUUGCCCCAAAGCCUUGCCUUCGCUUAUGGCGGAGGAUUGCCCGGGUUUGGGAAGAGACGUGUUCGAGUGCAGACCCGGCCUUGCGUGCAAGGCUGUGGGUGUAUUUCUGACUUUGACACCGUGGACGAAUUCAUAGACUGUAUCAAUGGAGUCCAAAGAGAAAUGGACAUGCGACUGGCUCGAGAUAGCUCAGUGUCUAUCACAAGUCCACAAACCACGCCAACGUCCACCAAGACGAAUAAUUGCAACGACAAAGGAGGUCCCUGCGACUGCGAUUACAUCCAGGAUAAAAACAGUGACGAAUACAGGCAAUGUCUCAGCAAUCCCGACUGCGAGCGCUGCUAUUUCACGGCGACCUGGACACCAACAACUACACCGAUCACCACUAAGAGCUCGUCCAUCUCCCUGAUCUCGAUUACUAUAUCAAUGCCCCUUCCCACGACGCCAAUACAAUCAUCUUCAUCGUCAUCGUCAACGACUUCGUCCUCCACGUCCCAGACAACCACUGGCGCCCCUCGACUGCCCGAUAACUGCUAUAUCGGCGGCCCCUGCGACUGCAGCUUGAUCGCGGACAAGAAAAGCCCAGACUACAUCCGCUGUAUAUCGAACCCGGCCUGUGAGCACUGCUUCCUCAACAACGGCACCUUGACCACACGGCCGAGCACGCUCAUCACUCAACCAACAACCCUGGACCUCACGUCCAUUUCUUCAACGGUGCAAGCAACGGCGUAG